AUGACGGUCCAAUUUCUUGCUGACUUGAAAGAACAGUUGAAGGAUCCGUCGCUGCUGAAGCACAACGUUGCUUAUAUCAACGGUGAAUGGAGACCAGCCACGUCGGGGGAGACUUUCGAAGUCAAUGAUCCCUCCACUGGGAAACUCAUCGGUACCUGCGCUGAAUGCGACGCCCAAGACACAAGAUCUGCCAUCAAGGCUGCCGCCGAUGCCUUCCCCGCCUUCCGCAGCCUCACCGGCCGUCAGCGCGCCAAGCUGCUGCGCAAGUGGUACGAUUUGAUGGUGGAAAACGCCGACGAUAUCGCCACGCUCAUUACCUGGGAGAACGGCAAGCCGGUUGUCGAGGCAAAGGGCGAGGCGGCAUAUGCUGCCAACUUCUUUGAGUGGUUCAGUGAGGAAGCUCCGAGGACAUAUGGCGACACGAUUCCCGCAACCGUCCCUGGAAAUCGCGUGUGGACAAUCAAGGAGCCUGUUGGUGUUUGUGGGCUCAUUACUCCAUGGAACUUCCCCGCUGCCAUGAUUACUCGAAAAGUCGCGCCCGCUUUGGCUGCAGGAUGCACCGUUGUCUGCAAAGCUCCUGGCGAAACACCCUACACUGCGCUGGCUGUUGCCGAGCUGGGUCACCGGGCAGGCAUCCCGAAAGGCGUCGUCAACGUCAUCACCACUUCGGCCAACACGCCGGAGAUUGGCGAGGUGCUCACAACCGAUCCAACCAUAAAGAAGGUUUCCUUCACUGGCUCCACCGCAGUUGGCAAGCUUUUGAUGAAGCAGUCCUCCGGUACGCUGAAGAAGCUGUCGUUGGAGCUUGGCGGGAACGCGCCCUUUAUCGUUUUCGAUGACGCCGACGUCGACACCGCCGUUGCUGGCGCCAUUGCUUCCAAAUUCCGCGGCACGGGCCAGACCUGUGUUUGCGCCAACCGUCUCUACGUUCAACGGGGCGUCUACGAGGAGUUUGUCGGCAAGUUUACCGAAAAGGUGAAGGCUUUCAAGGUGGGCAACGGUUUCGACGACGGCACCACUCACGGCCCGAUGAUCCACGACCGAGCCGUGCUCAAGGCAGAGGCUCAUGUCAGGGACGCCGAGUCCAAGGGGGGCCGGGUGCUCAUCGGCGGUCAGAAGCUGCCCGACCUGGGUGCCAACUUUUUCCAGCCAACCGUCAUCCGUGACAUGACUGCACACAUGGCCAUGGCUACGGAGGAGACGUUUGGCCCCGUGGCCGGCAUAUUCCCCUUUGACACUGAAGCCGAGGUCGUCGCGUUGGCCAACAAAGUGCAGGUGGGCCUGGCCGGAUACUUUUUCUCCCGGGAUCUGCAGCGUGUGCACCGGGUGGCUGAGGCGCUGGAAGUCGGCAUGGUCGGCGUCAACACCGGAAUCAUUUCUGACCCGGCGGCUCCGUUUGGCGGAGUCAAGGAGAGCGGGUUUGGCCGCGAAGGGUCCAAGUAUGGCAUUGGCGAGUACCAGGUUACCAAGAUGAUAACGUACGGUGGCAUGGGGCAGCCUCUGCAGAGCUAG